CGUUUUACUCCGUAUAACGGAAGGAAAAAAAGAAGGUCAAAGCAGCAGCGCGUACGUCGUAUGAGAGGGACAAGUAAAAGUGGGGUGGUGGCAAGAAAGAAGAAACAGUAUCGUAUAUAUCCAUAGACUCUCAACUCAACCAACGAACCAACGAUCACAUCUUUCAGAAAAAAAAGCGGUUGCAGUUUCAGCUGGAUUCGAUUCGAUUCGAUUCAAUUCAAUUGGAAACAGCAGUUGUUGUUGUUGUUGCAAAGGAUAGAUAGAUAGAUAGGUAGAUUCAAUGGUGAAGGAGACCGAAUAUUAUGAUGUUCUGGGGAUCAACCCUACUGCUACUGAAGCUCAGAUUAAGAAAGCCUAUUACAUUAAGGCGCGACAAGUUCAUCCGGAUAAGAAUCCAAAUGAUCCCCUUGCAGCUCAAAAUUUUCAGGUUUUGGGAGAGGCUUACCAGGUAUUGAGUGACCCAACACAGCGCCAGGCUUAUGAUUCAUACGGAAAAUCUGGAAUUUCUACUGAAGGAAUUAUAGAUCCUGCAGCAAUCUUUGCCAUGCUUUUUGGAAGUGAGCUUUUUGAAGAAUACAUAGGCCAGCCAGCCAUGGCGUCGAUGGCUUCAAUGGACUUCUUCACUGAUGGAGAAGAGGUGGAUACUAGGAAGCUGCAGGAAAAGAUGAAGGUAAUUCAGAAGGAAAGGGAAGAGAAACUUAUAGAAAAAUUAAAAGAUCGACUCAACCAGUAUGUGAAUGGCAGUAAAGAGAGUUUUAAGAGUCAUGCUGAAGCUGAAGUCUCAAGACUUUCUAGUGCAGCAUAUGGUGUUGAUAUGUUAAACACAAUUGGUUAUAUAUACUCAAGACAGGCAGCUAAAGAGCUUGGAAAAAAGGCAAUAUACCUUGGCGUACCUUUUGUUGCUGAAUGGUUCAGGAACAAAGGCCAUUUUAUUAAAUCUCAAGUAACAGCUGCAACAGGUGCUGUUGCCUUAUUUCAGCUACAAGAAGACAUGAAACGGCAUCUUAGUGCAGAGGGUAACUACACUGAGGAAGAACUUGAAAGCUACAUGGAAUCUCACAAGAAAGUGAUGAUUGAUUCUUUGUGGAAGCUCAAUGUUGUUGACAUUGAAGCAACUCUCUCCCGUGUUUGUCAGAUGGUCCUCCAGGAUAACAGUGCCAAGAAAGAGGAGCUUCGUGCACGAGCAAAGGGGCUGAAAACACUGGGGAAAAUAUUUCAGGUGAAAUCUGAAGCCAAUGAGGCUGAUACUGCAGUGGUGGCUGAGCUCAAUAAAUUAAAUGGAAAUGAGUCAAGCUAUGAUCCAUUAACUUCAAAGACCUCCCCUAAGAGCAAAGGAAUGGAAGGCCAAUCUUUUAAUGGAGUUGGAACACAGAUUCCAUAUGUGGUCGCUCCCCAAUUUGCUGAUGCUUCUCAAUGCCAUAUUAGCUACCCAAUGCCAACAGCACCUCCUGGCGUUCAAAGAAGUUAUUCAACUGGCAAAGAGUGAAAAUGGUAGUUCGUUAUCAUCCCCGUCUUUGGCUUUUUUCUGUAUCGGUUUUUCCCUUUGUACAGGGGUUGUCGAACAUGUAUUAUUAUACUUAUUGUAUCAUCAUUAGGUCAUAUGAGGGACAGGUUCAUGUUUCAAUUGAUCUCGUGGUUUUGUAAUGGUCAUUUUGAAAAGCGAUGUGAAAAAUGAGCUAGCAACUUGUAGUUUGUCGAUUUGUUGUGCUAUAUGGGUUUAUGAGAGUUGUAUGCAGCUCUGUAUAAUAUAUUUUGUUGUUUUGGUGCAAAGUUAUCUUGUAAAUUUAAAAGAAUUGCAGAAAAUGAACUAAAAUAGGUUCUGCAUGCCAUUUGUACAACACUGUUGUUGAUUUUUACAAAUUUCCUUUUUAUGUGGUAA